AUGGAGGCCGCCGCAAAUCACCAGCAGUCAACCACAUCUCUGGCGAUUUCCAUAUCAUGUUUCCUGCUUGUCACCGCGCUUUCGAUCCCUGCUCUGUCCCAAUGCAUCUCGCGAGCUCGAGCGAAGAAGGACCAGUACCAGAGCCUCACGGAGCAUUAUGAGGAUGAAGACGGUAUAGCAACUGCCGAAUCCGAAGAACGAUUUUCCGAUUUCAUUCAACGGCUUCUUCUAAUCGUGCUGUCUGUUGUCGUUUGUCUGGACGCUUUAGCUACUGCCAUAUUGACAACCACUCGUCCCCAGCUGUCGCUUUCAGUUCAGCAGUGGUUUCAAUUCGCAACGUGGUUGCUGCUGCUAUUCCAAGCAGUUUCCAUUUUCAUCACCCCCUCGUCGCGCAAGCGUUACGAUCUAGGUGUCUUCUCGGGACUGUCGGCCUUUUUCAUAGCGUUGGCGGUGGUCCUCGAAAAUCUGUCACUAUGGCGAUCACGGACCAGUCCCCUGCCCCGCGAUAUCCACUUGACCCUCUCCAUCGUCCAAAUUGUCUGUGGUCUUCUGCUCGUGCUUACCAGCUUCUUGAUUCCUCGAAGACCAGAUGUGUAUUGGAAUGGCAAGCCUGUCGACCGCGAAAAUACAGUUUCCGUGCUGGAAAAGCUAACCUUCUCGUGGUCUUCCCCAAUCCUUUCCCAUGCUGUAAAGAACAGAGGACUGGACUACAACGAUCUUCCAGAGAUAGGCCAUCAAGUGCGGUCCCGAGAGCUCCGACAGCGAUUUGAGGCAGUCAGGAAGAAGGACAAGCUAUGGAAGACCUUGUUCUUCUCCCACAAAUGGGCCUUCAUCCAACAAUGGGUUUACCAAGCUCUCUGCUCCGUCACCAACUUCCUGCCCCAAGUGGCACUCUUUUUCAUCCUGCGUACUCUCGAAGCUCGGGAUCAGGGUGAAGAUGUGGCGUUUCGAUCAUGGUUGCUGGUGUUUGGACUUGGUGGAGCUAUUACCUUCUCGUCCUGGCUGGAGUCAUGGAUGUUCUACGUUGUCUUCCUAAGAUUAUGCGUUCCUGUCUACGAGCAACUUUCCGCCGUGGUUUUUGGUAAGGCGAUGCGACGAAAGGAUGUCAAAGGGGCCGGCCCCAAAGAUGAAGAGGAGACAACGGCCAAUGGCGAAGUCCAGUUGAAUGGCGAGGCAGUGGUGAACAAGAAUUCUGGUCUGAAGGGAGAAGACCGUGCACCCACAGAAGACGAAGACGAAGACUUCCAGAAGUCCAAACAGAGUACCAUCAACUUGGUCGGGGUGGAUUCCAAGCGAAUUGCCGACUUUGCAACUUUCAAUUACAUCUUCCUUGGGGCUGUCGUCAAUCUGAUUUUUGCUUUUGUGUUCUUGACGAAGCUGAUAGGUCCUAUUCCGCUACUGGCUGGAAUGGCCGCUCCCAUUAUCAUCACACCGAUCAACGUCAUCGCUGCGCGGCGAUAUGCCAAUGCCCAGGAUGAUCUUAUGAAGCUUCGGGAUCAAAAGAUGGCCGUUGUAACAGAGGCACUUCAAGGGAUCCGCCAGAUCAAGUUCAGUGCUCUUGAGAAAAAUUGGUAUGAAAAAAUACUGGAAAGCCGACGGAAGGAGCUCAAGACGCAGUGGCAAGUGUUCGUUUACGAUACGACGCUCAUCAGUAUAUGGAUCUUUGGACCUGUGAUGCUGGCCGCCAUCUCUUUGACCACGUAUGCCGUGAUCAACAAAGAACUCACAGCGUCGGUGGCCUUCACAACAAUCUCAGUAUACGAGGCGAUUGAGAUGACGUUGGCCGUCAUUCCGGAAAUGGUGACAGAGCUUCUCGACGCCAUUGUAUCGGCCAGACGAGUUCAGGAGUACCUUGACGCCCCUGAACGGGAGGAAACCACCAAACCGGGCGAAACGGUAGCCUUCAAAAAUGCCACCAUCAUUUGGCCCUCAGACGAUCCCAAGAACGAGGCUGAUCAGUUUGCCUUGCGUAAUUUGAACCUCGAGUUCCCGAAGAAUGAACUCAGCGUCAUAUCCGGGCGAACAGGGUCUGGCAAGAGUUUACUCCUUGCUUCUAUAAUUGGCGAGGCCGACGUUCUCGAAGGCGAGGUGGUCGUGCCGAAACCGCCUUCCCCAGCUGAACGAUACGAUGCCCUUGCAAACAAGAGCAACUGGAUCAUCCCAUCUGCAAUCGCAUAUGUGUCCCAGAUCCCAUGGAUUGAAAACGCCACCAUUCGAGACAAUAUUCUGUUUGGCUUGCCUUUCGAUAACGAUCGAUACCAGAAAGUGCUACACUCGUGCGCACUCACCAAGGACCUGGAAAUGCUCCAAGAUGGCGAGCUUACAGACAUCGGCGCCAACGGAAUCAACCUCAGCGGCGGCCAGAAGUGGCGGGUGUCUUUCGCGCGGGCCUUGUACUCUCGAGCGGGUAUUUUGGUCCUUGACGAUAUCUUCUCCGCAGUCGAUGCACAUGUUGGUAGACACUUGUUUGAGCAAGCACUGACAGGCGAACUUGGGCAAGGACGGACGAGGAUCUUGGUCACGCAUCAUGUUGCGCUGUGUCUUCCCAAAACGAGUUACAGCGUUCUGCUGUCGAAUGGUACUGUUGAAGAAGCCGGCCCAACCGAAGAGUUGCGCCGGUCAGGAAAGCUGGGGCCUAUUCUUGCCCAAGACGAGGAGCAAGAGGAAAAGGAAGAAGAGGCGGCCGACAAGGAUCAUGCUCUCACCAUCGACGAUGGUUCGGGCCUCCAGAAAAUUUUAACCAGUCAAUCGCGGCGCCGCUCACGGCGGAAGUCAGCCCUCAGUGACACCGGGGACGGAGUUACACGCCGUCGAUCUCGGGCCACAUUCGACGAUUCCGAGCAGCCCAACGCUCCGAAGAAGUUUACGGAAGAAGAAGAACGCGAGGUCGGAGCCAUCAAAUACAAGAUUUAUGCCGCCUAUAUCAAGGCUUGUGGAGGAUACAGUUACUGGGCAUUUAUUUUGUUUGUUUUCGGACUCUGGGUGGCGGUCUAUCUGGCCAGGUCAUAUUGGAUCAGCAUCUGGACGCGAUCAUACCGGACCGAAUCAGUAUUCCACGGUAGGCUCGUGCAGCAAUCCGUCGGUGCGUGGGAGCACGUCCAUUCUCGCCUGGCAGCCACAGAACUCGACCCGAAUCUGCGAUACUAUCUCGGCGUCUACCUGGGAAUCUCCUUGUUGGCCUGGCUCAUCGGCACUGUGCGGUACUUUUGUGUAUUUGUUGCCUCGAUCCGGGCUUCCAAGACGCUCUUCGAAAAACUGGCAUUUGCGGUCCUCCGCGCACCUCUGCGUUGGCUGGAUACUGUACCUUUGGGCCGGAUUCUCAACCGCUUCACGUCGGACUUCAACAUGCUCGACUCGCGUAUUUCCAUGGACCUGGCCUUCAUGUUGCACAAUCUGAUGCACGUACUAUCCGUGGUGAUUGCCGGGAUUUUUGUGUCUCCGUUUAUGAUUGUUUUCGCCAUCGCUUUGUUGGUUGUCUCGAUGUACUACGCCAUCCGAUACCUCGCGGGCGCUAGAGAAGUGAAACGGCUCGAAAGCAAUGCGAAAUCGCCCGUGUUUGAGCAGUUCGGCUCGGUAUUGACGGGCAUCGGCACGAUCCGUGCUUUCGACAAGGCAGACGCUUACCUGGAUAGAAUGUUUGCUCGCAUCGACAAGCACUGCCGGGCAUAUUGGCACUUGUGGCUCUUCAACCGGUGGAUGGGUCUGCGACUGAACAUGGUCGGCGCGGUGUUUGCCGCCAUCACGGCCGCGUUGAUCGUGAGCAUCAGGACGAUUGACUCGUCUCUAGCCGGCUUCGCGUUGAGCUUCGCUUUGGGUUUGUCAGAAUCCGUCAUCUGGUUGCUCAGACAGUACUCAAACGUCGAGCUCGACAUGAACGCAACCGAGCGGAUCGUCGAGUACAGCAACAUCACGAUCGAAAAUCAGGGCGGCCUCGAUGCUCCGGCAGCAUGGCCCACCGAAGGCAAACUUGAGGUCCAUGAUUUAGUGGUUGCAUACGCUCCGGACCUGCCGCCAGUUUUGAAGGGCGUGACAUUCAGUGUGUCUAGCAACCAGCGUGUCGGCGUGGUGGGUCGCACAGGAGCAGGCAAAUCGUCCCUGACGCUCGCGCUGUUCCGCUUCCUCGAGGCACAGUCGGGCAAAAUCGUCAUUGACGGUAUCGACAUCUCGACCAUCAAAUUGUCCGAUUUACGGUCCCGGCUGGCCAUCAUCCCACAAGACCCUGUCUUGUUCUCCGGCACCGUCCGCAGCAAUCUCGACGCCUUCAAUGAGCACACGGACAUUGAGCUUCGUGAAGCUCUGGCUAGGGUUCACUUGAUUUCGUCCGCGAACAUCACGGCCGGGUCAUCGGUCGUGGCGAGCGGAAGUGCGACUCCAGUUCGAAGGACCAACGCGGACGAGGCUGGUAAUGGUAGUGCCGAUGGUGGAACCCAUGCCGCAGCAGUAACUGCAAACCUAAACACCAACAAAAACAUCUUCCGGUCGCUCAACUCGAAAAUCUCCGAAGGCGGCCUCAACCUCUCCCAGGGUCAACGGCAACUGCUGUGUCUGGCGCGCGCUAUAGUGUCGCGGCCCAAGAUUAUGGUGUUGGACGAAGCCACUUCCGCCGUCGACAUGGAGACCGAUGCCCUGAUUCAGCGCAGCAUCCGGGAAGAAUUUACGGAUAGCACGUUGCUGGUCAUCGCUCAUCGGCUGAGUACCAUUGCCGACUUUGACCGCAUUUUGGUGCUGGGGGAAGGCAAGGUCGUCGAGUUCGAUACGCCUGCCAAUCUGCUGCAGAAGAAAGAUGGCGUCUUUAGGGAGAUGGUGGAGAUGUCUGGCGAGAGGGCGGAAUUGGAAAAACUCAUUAAGAGUAGUGGUCAUACCGGUGCUCGGUAA